AUGCCAGGUGCACCCCCCGAAUUCGUGAUUUGCUAAUUAAUCAGGGAUGCAAAAACUAUGCAGCGCACCUGACCAGGGAUGCAAAAACCAUGCAGCACACCUGACCGGUAAUUGUUCCUCAUUAAAACCCUCCUAUCCCACACAGCCUCCUAACAAACAUAACAUUUACAUUUACGUCAUUUAGCAGACCCUCUUAUCCAGAGCGACUUACAAAUUGGUGCAUUCUCCUUAUGAUAGCCAGUGGGACAACCACUUUACAAUAGUUUUAUUAUUAUUAUUUAUUUUAAAAAAAAUUGGGGGGGGGUGGGUAGAAGGAUUACUUUUAUUUUAUCCCAGGUAUUCCUUAAAGAGGUGGGGUUUCAAGUGUCUCCGGAAGGUGGUGAGUGACUCCGCUGUCCUGGCGUCGUGAGGGAGCUUGUUCCACCAUUGGGGUGCCAGAGCAGAGAACAGUUUUGACUGGGCUGAGCGGGAACUGUGCUUCCGCAGAGGUAGGGGAGCCAGCAGGCCAGAGGUGGAUGAACGUAGUGGCCUCGUUUGGGUGUAGGGACUGAUCAGAGCCUGAAGGUACGGAGGUGCCGUUCCCCUCACAGCUCCGUAGGCAAGCACCAUGGUCUUGUAGCAGAUGCGAGCUUCAACUGGAAGCCAGUGGAGUGUGCGGAGGAGCGGGGUGACGUGAGAGAACUUGGAAAGGUCGAACACCAGACAGGCUGCAGCGUUCUGGAUAAGUUGUAGGGGUUUAAUGGCACAGGCAGGGAGCCCAGCCAACAGCGAGUUGCAGUAAUCCAGACGGGAGAUGACAAGUGCCUGGAUUAGGACCUGUGCCGCUUCCUGUGUAAGGCAGGGUCGUACUCUGCGAAUGUUGUAGAGCAUGAACCUACAGGAUCGGGUCACCGCCUUGAUGUUAGCGGAGAACGACAGGGUGUUGUCCAGGGUCACGCCAAGGCUCUUUGCACUCUGGGAGGAGGACACAACGGAUAUGUCAACCGUGAUGGCGAGAUCAUGGAACGGGCAGUCCUUCCCCGGGAGGAAGAGCAGCUCCGUCUUGCCGAGGUUCAGCUUGAGGUGGUGAUCUGUCAUCCACACUGAUAUGUCUGCCAGACAUGCAGAGAUGCGAUUCGCCACCUGAUUAUCAGAAGGGGGAAAGGAGAAGAUUAAUUGUGUGUCGUCUGCGUAGCAAUGAUAGGAAAGGCCAUGUGAGGAUAUGACAGAGCCAAGUGACUUGGUGUAUAGCGAGAAUAGGAGAGGGCCUAGAACUGAGCCCUGGGGGACACCAGUGGUGAGAGCACGUGGUGCGGAGACAGAUUCUCGCCACGCCACCUGGUAGGAGCGACCUGUCAGGUAGGACGCAAUCCAAGAGUGAGCCGCGCCGGAGAUGCCCAACUCGGAGAGGGUGGAGAGGAGGAUCUGAUGGUUCACAGUAUCAAAGGCAGCAGAUAGGUCUAGAAGGACGAGAGCAGAGGAGAGAGAGUUAGCUUUAGCAGUGCGGAGAGCCUCCGUGACACAGAGAAGAGCAGUCUCAGUUGAAUGACCAAUCUUGAAACCUGACUGGUUUGGAUCAAGAAGGUCAUUCAUUUUGUUUUGGAGAGACUGUUGCAUGCAGAAAUUAUCAUUGCCUAUGUCUUUUUUUAACCAAUAGGUUUUGAAACCAUGGACCAAAAGAUCCCAUAUGAUGACUACCAACUCCCAGUGGUCUUUCUGCCUUUUUUUUUUUUUUUUUUUUUUUGUAAUGUUUACCAGACGCUCUUAUCCAGAGCGACUUACAUGAGCAAUUAGGGUUAAGUGCCUUGCUUAAGGGCACAUCGACAGAUUAUUCACCUAGUCGGCUCGGGGAUUAGAACCUGCCUUCCUAUGAGUCCCCCAGCAUGGAUAGCCCCUCAGGAGGUAUGAGCCUGAGAUUACAUCCAUACCCUGUCAUAACACUGUCAACAGCCAGUCUAGUUCACUGCCACCUCAGAUCUUCAAUGAUGUUCCCUCUGUGUCCUGUCUGUAUGUGUAGCAGAUCCACCAUCCUGACUACAACAAGGAGCUGACCCAGUUCCUGCCAUGCACCAUCAUGUUGAAGAAACCUCCAGGGGCACAGCUAUGUAUGUGUGUGUGUGUGAGAGAGAGAGGCUGGUGCAACUGCCCAAUCAACUGCUUCUCAGACACUUUCCAUUUUUUAAAAGAUAUGUUUUUGCUUUUUCAUUUUGUCAGUAAUCACCCUUCUCCUUAAUCUCUUUGUGUGUAUGUUGCUAGGUGGUCCCAGAUUCGGACGCCCACAGGGCAGGGCUCCAGGAGGGAGAUCAGGUGCAGUCUGUCAAUGAGGUGGACUUCCAGGACAUAGCGCACUCGAGGAUCAGGGAUGUACUGUAGACCAUACAACACUAUACACACAACACUAUACCUCUUGAUAAAUCUCAUUACUUCAUUUUUAACCUCAACACUAACUUGUGUAAAAAAAAAAAAAAAAAAGGUUAAUCGUUUUCGGCAUACAUUUCUCAUAGAAAUUGUUUCUUCUCCUCUCAGGCUGUAGAGAUUCUGAAGACUGCCAGGGAGAUUCUGACGACGGUGCGCUUCUUUCCCUACAGUAAGCGUUGCUUUCACCUGCUCCGCCAUUUAAUAUUAAGAAAGUGCCUAAAUUGUAUCUACUGUAUAUGGUGCCAUUAUUGCUUUAUGCCUUAUGUCGUCACCUUUGCAACCUGUGAAGUUUUUUUUAAUGGUUUUUAUGUAACUCCCUGUUUCCCCAUAGACUACCAGAGACCGAAGGAGAGGACUGUGGACUAGGUGACAGAAGAGUUUCCCGGGAGAGUGAGAAACAGUGA